UCCAGAGUCAGUAUUUCUUCACUGAUUAUAAAACAAAACUAACAGCAAAGCAUUUCCAAUUUGGGAUUUUCUUCUCUUUCAUUUUCUUGAUAAAAAGGAGGAACGGGAUCCGGAAAUUUCACUUCUUCCUUUUUUGCACUACUGUAAUUAUCAUUCGUUCACAGUUCAUCACAUGCCCAACAGUACCAGACGGCAAGGACAGAGUACGAAGAGAUAGGAAGAUGAACACCACCCUGCACAACACCUCCAUCAAGUGCGUUCGAGACACCAGCAUAACAGCUGUGGUUUUCCCCUGCCUAUACAGCAUCCUCUUUAUAGCUGCCCUGAUACUGAAUUCCCUGGCUGCCUGGAUCUUCUUCAGCAUCCCCAGCACCUCAACAUUUGUGGUCUUUCUAAAAAAUGUGGUGGUGGCUGACUUGCUGAUGACCCUGACAGUCCCUCUGAGAGUCUUAAGCGAUGCAGGUGUGGGCUCCUGGUAUCUCCGCGCCAUCCACUGCCGAUAUUCUGCGGUUCUCUUCUACAUCACCAUGUACAUCAGCAUCCUCUUGCUGGGCCUCAUCAGCCUGGACCGCUACCUGAAAAUAGUCAGGCCGUUUGGGAAGUGUGCGCUGCAGCAGGUCCGUGUUGGCCAGGUGCUGUGUGCAGUUGUCUGGGCAGUGAUGUUAUCCUUAGCGCUGCCCAACGUUGUUCUAAGUGAUCAGCCACCACAGAUCUCCGGAGGCAGACUGAAGUGCACCUCCAUGAAGAGCAAAGCCGGCUUGCUGUGGCAUGAAGGAUUCAACUACUUCUGUCAGGUGGUUUUCUGGGGAACGCUGGCCUUGAUGGUGGUGUGCUAUACGUUCAUCAGCAAGAAGGUUUAUGAGUCAUACAAAGCAUCCAAAAGCAGGUCACAGAAAGCCAGCCGCAGAACUAAGGCAAAGGUCUUUGUGGUGGUGGGAGUGUUUUUCAUCUGCUUUGCCCCUUUUCACUUUGCACGUAUUCCUUACACUCUGACUCAAACCCGCAGUACAGCAAGUCUCUGCCGCACACAGAACGCACUCUAUGUUACCAAGGAGACCACCUUAUGGCUGUCAGCCACUAAUAUAUGUCUGGACCCACUUAUCUACGUGUUCCUGUGUAAGGUGUUCAGGAAAAGACUGACAGCUACGUUCAGCCAUAGGCCACUCCCCCAAGGGAACAUGGAAUCUGCCACAGCAACAUCGACUCAGUACAAUAACCAAGUGUGA